AUGGCUUCGCGAAGAAAUAAUCCGGCCGUUAUUGGCUACAUCCACAACCUGUCACCUUUAAAAAAAGGUAAAAAAACUGAAUGGUGCGACUUCGAACUACAAAUGCAAGACAAACGGGUACGAGUCGUGUGCUUUUCAAAAGCAAAGUAUGAUAUUCUGGCGGAGAAAGAGAAAACUCUAAUGCCAGUGCAGAUCUCGAACUAUCUGAUCGGUCCAGGCUGGAGAAGUACAGAAGAUGAAUACAAAAUCAACGACAUGACCGUUAUCGCAUCGCCAAAAGCGUCACAGUACAAUUUUCAAUACACUCCCGACGAAGAACCAGCGAUCGUUGCAUUAAUCGGCGUAAAGAAGAACAUAGAAACGGGCAGCAAGGUGCGUAUUAAAGGCGUCGUUAAGAAAGGAGAAACGGUCGAGAAAACUAAAAAGAAGAAUCUAAAAAUGUUGAAGAGUACUAUCAAUGACGUGAUAAUCAGUAUAUUAUGGUUAGCUGGAAAACGCGGACACGGACACACGGACAUGGAAAACGCGGACAUGGAAAACACGGACAUGAAAAACACGGACACUAAUGAAACACUCGGAGUAUGUGUCAGACUGAAAGCAACUCUAAGAAUAAUAGCAAGAGAAUCUAAUCAACAAAAGAAAUGUCGAUUGGAAGCGCAGCAAAUACGUGAUAUAAAAACCAGGGAAAAUGAAUCUGAAGAACACAGAAAAAAUCGACUACGCGCACAGCAAAUUUGUGACAUAAAUAGAAAAGAAAAUGAGAUUGAGGAACACAGAAAAAAUCGACUACGCGCGCAGAAAAUUUGUGACAUAAAUAGAAGGGAAAAUGAGAUUGAGGAACACAGAAAAAAUCGACUACACGCACAACAAAUUUGUGACAUAAAUAGAAGGGAAAAUGAGAUUGAGGAACACAGAAAAAAUCGACUACGCGCGCAGCAAAUUUGUGACAUAAAUAGAAGGGAAAAUGAGAUUGAGGAACACAGAAAAAAUCGACUACGCGCGCAGCAAAUUUGUGACAUAAAUAGAAGGGAAAAUGAGAUUGAGGAACACAGAAAAAAUCGACUACACACACAACAAAUUUGUGACAUAAACAGAAGGGAAAAUGAGAUUGAGGAACACAGAAAAAAUCGACUACACGCACAACAAAUUUGUGACAUAAACAGAAGGGAAAAUAAGAUUGAGGAACACAGAAAAAAUCGACUACACGCACAGCAAAUUUGUGACAUAAAUAGAAGGGAAAAUGAGAUUGAGGAACACAGAAAAAAUCGACUACGCGCACAGCAAAUUUGUGACAUAAAUAGAAGGGAAAAUGAGAUUGAGGAACACAGAAAAAAUCGACUACGCGCACAGCAAAUUUGUGACAUAAAUAGAAGGGAAAAUGAGAUUGAGGAACACAGAAAAAAUCGACUACGCGCACAGCAAAUUUGUGACAUAAAUAGAAGGGAAAAUGAGAUUGAGGAAAACAGAAAAAAUCGACUACACGCACAACAAAUUUGUGACAUAAACAGAAGGGAAAAUAAGAUUGAGGAACACAGAAAAAAUCGACUACACGCACAGCAAAUUUGUGACAUAAAUAGAAGGGAAAAUGAGAUUGAGGAACACAGAAAAAAUCGACUACGCGCACAGCAAAUUUGUGACAUAAAUAGAAGGGAAAAUGAGAUUGAGGAAAACAGAAAAAAUCGACUACGCGCACAGCAAAUUUGUGACAUAAAUAGAAGGGAAAAUGAGAUUGAGGAACACAGAAAAAAUCGACUACACGCACAACAAAUUUGUGACAUAAAUAGAAGGGAGAAUGAGAUGGAGGAAAACAGAAAAAAUCGACUACGCGCACAGCAAAUUUGUGACAUAAAUAGAAGGGAAAAUGAGAUUGAGGAAAACAGAAAAAAUCGACUACGCGCACAACAAAUUUGUGACAUAAACAGGAGGGAAAAUGAGUCCGAGGAACACAGAAAAAAUCGACUACACAGACAGCAAAUAUUUAAUGACAAUUUGAGACAAACCGAGUCUGAAGAAUGCAAGUUACAGACCAGCCAAACAACAACAGCGUGA